UAUAUAUAAAAGAGAUUGAAGAAUUGGGAAAUGAAAAAUAGCAGGAAAAGAAAAGAACAGAAAAUAAAGAGAGAAAAACAAAAAUACGAGGCAAAAGCCGCUGGUGCACCUCCGUCGCUAAGGCUGAGUGGUGGAGAGAUUUUGUUCCUCUCCCGAACAGAGUCUGAGUAGAGUGAAUAGGAGACAGGUGACAAGGCGAAUCCCGUAAUUGAUUAGUAAUAGAUGGGGAAUUUAUUGGUGAAGAAACCCAAGAUCACCGAAGUCGAUCGAGCAAUUCUUUCCCUCAAAACUCAGAGGCGCAAGCUUGCUCAAUACCAGCAACAGCUUGAGGCUGUUAUAGAAGCAGAAAAGCUAGCUGCCAGAGACUUGAUUCGUGAAAGGAGAAAGGAUAGAGCUUUGUUAGCUUUGAAGAAGAAGAAAACGCAAGAAGAAUUAUUGAAGCAAGUUGACACUUGGCUUAUUAAUGUCGAGCAACAAUUGGCAGAUAUUGAACUAGCAAGCAAGCAAAAACUAGUUUUUGAUAGUUUGAAAGCUGGAAACAAUGCAAUUAAGGCAAUACAAAGUGAAAUCAACAUAGACGAUGUCCAGAAGUUAAUGGAUGACACUGAAGAGGCUAAGGCUUAUCAAGAUGAAAUCAAUUCGAUCUUGGGGGAGAAAUUAUCAGCAGAAGAUGAAGAUGAGAUUUUGGCAGAAUUUGAGAACUUGGAAACUCAGAUGGCCGUUCAAGAUAUGCCAGAAGUGCCUACUAGAGCAAAAUCUGAAGAACAAAACUUGGGUCUUCCUGAUGUGCCAGCCAAGAAACCAGUUGCUUCCAAUGCAGCUAGAGACGAUGCUGAAAUUGCAUCAGCUGGAAUUUCCACAAAAAGAGUUAUGGAGGACCCCCUGCCUGCAUGAUCGAGAAAACAACGUGGCUGUUUCAUUAUCUGCAGUCUGCCAUUACUAAUGAACAUCUUCUGGCUGCCUCUUUUUCCUCUUUCCAUAUUUGUUAAUUUUCAUGAUUGUCCACGUGACGGGUUCAGUUUGGCGGUCAAUUAUUUCCGUAUUGUCAGUUUGUACAGAUCUGUAUAACCAAGCAGGAUGGUUUGGGGCAGUUUUUGCCAGUUCUGUUGUUAGCCAUUUGUUAAAUUUAGUUUUGAACACAUGCAAGCGGAAUUAUUUGGAUAUACCAUUGGAUGUUAUCGUUAACAGGACGGUCUGCUAAUUAAGGAAUCUGCACAUAUAAAAAGAACUAUAGUACAACAUAAAUAAAUG